CUGACGGAGGUCCUCAAGGAAGCGGUUGUUGCGCAAUUAUCCUGACUUUACUGUCAUACAUUCUGGUCAUUUUGUUCUUCCCAUUCUCCUUGUGUGCAACAAUCAAGGUGGUUCAGGAGUAUGAGAGGGCUGUCAUCUUCAGACUGGGUAGACUGUUGCCUGGAGGAGCUAAAGGCCCAGGGAUAUUUUUUGUCAUGCCCUGCAUCGAAGAGUACUCCAAAGUGGAUCUUAGGACUGUGUCUUUCGAUGUUCCCCCACAAGAGGUCUUAACAAGAGACAGCGUGACAGUGUCUGUAGAUGCAGUAGUCUAUUACCGGAUCUUCAGCCCGACAGUGUCGGUCGCCAACGUGGAGAAUGCGGCCAGCUCAACACAGCUGCUGGCACAGACAACACUCCGCAAUGCCCUGGGAACACAGAACCUGACAGAGAUUUUGUCCAACAGGGUUCAUAUCAGUGCGCAGAUGCAGGUGGCACUUGAUGAAGCAACAGAAAAAUGGGGGAUUAAAGUUGAAAGAGUAGAGAUAAAGGAUGUCCGUCUGCCCACACAGUUGCAGAGAGCCAUGGCGGCUGAGGCUGAAGCGGCUCGGGACGCUAGAGCCAAGGUGAUUGCUGCUGAAGGUGAGCAGAGGGCAUCUGUGGCUCUGAGGCAAGCGGCUGACGUUAUCAGCACGGCUCCAGCUGCUCUGCAGCUUCGAUAUCUCCAAACCCUAAGCAGUAUUUCUGCAGAGAAGAAUUCCACCAUCAUUUUCCCGAUCCCCAUCAACUUACUGAAUCAUUUUUAUAAGAAAGACAAUCCUGAAUUAACUUAA